AUGUCUCAGUAUCAAAACCAACAUGGUGCUCAAACAGGUACGACCGACGAAUAUGGAAACCCAGUAAACCAACUUGAUCAAUAUGGCAACCCUAUUAGUGGCGGUGGGUCCACUGGUGAAGCCGGUAGACAGCAUUUAGGAACUACCGGUGGUGCUACUGGUCAUGGUCAUGGUCAUGAUCAACAACAUGGUGGAGUUUAUCAAACCACAGGGUAUGGGACCAACACAGGUGGUGUGGGUGCUUAUGGAACCAAGCCUGAGUAUGAAGGCACGAACACUGGAAGUGGUUAUGGUACAGGAACAGGGUACGGUGGAACUGGAAGCACUGAGUAUGCGAGAGAGGAGCACCAUGGAGAUAAGAAAGGGGUUAUGGACAAGAUUAAGGAAAAGAUUCCUGGUACUGAACAAUCAAGAACCAAUCCUGAUGCAGCAGGGUAUGGAACAACCGGUCAAGAGUAUGUGAGAGAGGAGCGUCGUGUUGAUCAUGGAGAUGAGCAACGUGGAGAGAAGAAAGGGAUUAUCGAGAAGAUUAAGGAGAAGCUUCCUGGCAGUGGACACUAG